GUUAUCAUCAUAUAAUAUCAAUGACUUAUCUAUCAUAUUCAUGGUAAUGUAAUUUACAAAUUUUUAAUCAUAGUAAAAUUAAUAAACGCAUGUAUAAGUUCUAAUAGUACUAUUUUUUAAAGUUUCGUUCUUGUCGCAAUCAUGGAAGUGGAUAUGGAUUUGAAAAGAGCUUUUCAUGAACUUCAAGAAAAACUAGUAUAUACUUCCCAAAAAAUCAAGCUUGCUGAUUUACAAAUUGAAACAUUACGACGUACAAAGCAACAUAAUCUUCUUACGAAACAAGAAUUAGAGACAAUACCUAAAGAUGUUAAAACCUAUGAAGCUUUAGGAAGAGCAUUCAUAUUAACACCAAGAGAUGAUGUAUUUAAAAACUUAAAUAAAAUUAACAAUGAUACUGAACAAAAAAUUAAAACUCUAGAAAAUAGUAAACAAUAUUUGGAUAAAAAUUUAAAAGAAAGUGAAAAUAAUUUAAGAGAGAUGGUUCAGCGUAAAAGAGAAGGAGAUAAAGAAACUGAAAAAUCUUCUGCUGCUAGCUCAAAAGCUUAGAAUAUAUUCUAUAUUAAUUUAUUUUAUUAAUUAAAACCCAUUAAUUUUUCAGCCUUUACUAUACAUUUAAUAAAAUAAUUCAAAUAAUAUUGCAAUAUUAAAUUAUGAUAAUUUUUUCUUAAUGUAUUACUAAUAAUUAAAACAUGAAACUUAUAUAUUUAUUUUUGAUAAUUUAAAUAUUGUAUUUGAACAAAUCAAAACAAAAUAAAAUUAACUCUUUUCUUGUUUGUUA